GCGGGGCCAGUGGCAGGAGCAGCGCGCCGCCAGCCGCGGGGGGCGUGGGAUGGGGGAGGCGGCGGAGGGGAGCGCCCGCUGCCACUAGAGCCAACCGCGCACUUCCGAAGGGUGUCGCGGCUGCGCUCCCCUCCCGCGCCCCGGGAACUUCAAAGCGGCCCGCGCUGCGGGCUGCGCUCUGGGACCCCGAGCCUUGCACCGCCGCCGGGUGGCCAUGACCCCAGCGCGCGGAUCCGCACUGAGCCUGGCCCUCCUGCUGGUGGCCCUGGCCACCGACCUUGCGGCAGGACUGAAGUGUGUGUGUCUUUUGUGUGAUUCUUCAAACUUCACCUGCCAAACUGAAGGGGCAUGUUGGGCCUCUGUCAUGCUAACCAACGGGAAAGAGCAGGUGAUCAAAUCGUGUGUGUCCCUCCCGGAAUUAAAUGCUCAGGUCUUCUGUCACAGUUCCAACAAUGUGACCAAAACCGAAUGUUGCUUCACAGACUUCUGCAACAACAUCACACUGCACCUUCCUACAGCAUCGCCAAAUGCCCCUCGACUGGGUCCCACAGAGCUGACAGUUGUCAUCACUGUGCCGGUUUGCCUCCUGUCCAUAGCCGCCAUGCUAACGAUAUGGGCGUGCCAGGACCGCCAGUGCACAUACAGGAAGAGCAAGAGACACAAUGUGGAGGAACCGCUAGCAGAGUACAGCCUUGUGAGUGCUGGAAAAACACUCAAGGAUCUAAUCUACGAUGCCACUGUCUCCGGCUCAGGCUCUGGACUGCCUCUCUUGGUUCAAAGAACAAUCGCAAGGACAAUUGUACUUCAAGAAAUCGUAGGAAAAGGUCGGUUUGGAGAAGUGUGGCACGGAAGAUGGUGUGGAGAAGAUGUGGCUGUGAAAAUAUUCUCCUCCAGAGAUGAGAGAUCUUGGUUCCGUGAGGCGGAAAUUUAUCAGACGGUGAUGCUGAGACACGAGAACAUCCUCGGUUUCAUCGCUGCUGACAACAAAGAUAAUGGAACUUGGACGCAACUUUGGCUUGUGUCAGAGUAUCACGAGCAGGGCUCCUUAUAUGACUAUUUGAACAGAAACAUAGUGACUGUGGCUGGAAUGGUCAAGCUGGCGCUUUCAAUAGCGAGUGGCCUGGCUCACCUGCACAUGGAGAUCGUGGGUACUCAAGGUAAGCCUGCUAUCGCUCACCGAGAUAUAAAGUCAAAGAAUAUCUUAGUCAAAAAAUGUGACACUUGUGCCAUAGCCGACUUAGGGCUGGCUGUGAAACACGAUUCUAUCAUGAACACUAUAGACAUACCCCAGAAUCCUAAAGUGGGAACCAAGAGGUAUAUGGCUCCUGAAAUGCUUGAUGAUACAAUGAACCUGAGCAUAUUUGAGUCCUUCAAGCGAGCUGACAUCUAUUCAGUGGGGCUGGUUUACUGGGAAAUAGCUCGAAGGUGUUCAGUUGGAGGAGUUGUUGAGGAGUACCAGUUGCCUUACUAUGACAUGGUGCCUUCAGAUCCUUCGGUAGAAGAAAUGAGGAAGGUUGUUUGUGAUCAGAAACUCCGACCAAAUCUCCCAAACCAGUGGCAAAGCUGUGAAGCGCUCCGGGUCAUGGGAAGAAUAAUGCGUGAGUGCUGGUACGCCAACGGGGCAGCACGCCUGACGGCCCUGCGCGUGAAGAAGACCAUCUCUCAGCUGUGUGUCAAGGAAGACUGUAAAGCUUAGCUCCGCAUACAGGCAAAGGAAGAGCGCCCACAGCGUUCCUUCCUGUCUCCGGCUUUGUGUAAAUGGUUUUGCUUCUUUUCUGCUGUGUUUUAUUUUAGUUCUACCUCAAGGAUGACUCACUACAGUGUUGAAGUGUCCCAAAGGCAGCAUGAAAAGAUAACGCUAAAAUUAAGCAUGGGCAGGUAUUGACUUUCCCAGUUUCCAUGUUGUCCUUAGUUGUAUUUUUAAAGGGGACACGACUCAUUUUUUUCUUUUUAUUUAAGGAGGAAGAUGUUAUGAGUAUAAGAUAAGAUACAUACAAUGGUAAAAAAAAAUUAAAUUUUUUGUUGUACUUGAACCAAGAGCAUCCACAAAUGAGAUGAAGACAUAUUUAAAAUGUGAACUAGAGUAUAUUAUGGUGAAAUGGAACUGUAAAAUUUACCUGGGUCCUUUGAAAGUAAAUCUUGCUCAGAAUUUUAACAUCUAAAGACUGGAGAGGUGGAGUAUCAAAGUAACACCAUGUUCUCGGGACUUGCUUUCUCUGCCUACUUGCCAGUCUGCAUCACUACGACAGCUGUCCCUAAGUCGUUUGAAAGCCACCUGAGCUAUUACUCCUCCUGAUCCAUAACAGAGGUCUGGAUGUCUCAAACACUGUGAAAUGGCCCAGAGUCACAGAGAUCUUGCCAGAGCUGGUCACACACCCUGUCACAACUAGCACUGUGAAGUUUGCUGGCCAUUAUAUUCCCUCGAAUUCCCAUAGAGCUUUUCUUCCCAAGUGGGAGAGUCAGCAGUUGUAAUAUUUUAAAUUUAGUCACAUAGUGAAUGCAUUGAGUAUUUUGUAAGACGGUAAUAGAUUUUCUAGAAUUUCAGAACCAAUGUAUUAGAAUUUCAUCAUAGAAAUGUCAUCAUUAUCCCAUUCGAUAAUGAAAAAAAAUAUUUUCUGGACAUUGCCAAAUAUUGACCAAUUAUAAGCGUACAUUUUCUAAAGAUGUAUGUCUUAAGAUGUUAUUGCUUUUGAGGUACAUGGUUGGAAAGAAAAUGACAGAAAGGUAAACAAGGAAAGAACUUGAGGAAAGUUAAAAGAACUCUCCCAAUAGGAGUGUAACCCCUUACUGGUAACAGAUCACUUCGGUGAUUACAAGACAUUCCUGGCCUUUUAACAGGGACCAUGCAUGGAAAGGUCUGGAGGGUCUACCGCUAUUCUCCAUCUUUGACAUUCAGAAUAUUUCACAGGACACCAGAUAUUUCCUUCAAAGGCUUUAGUGAAGGUGAUUUAACUCAACGUCUUUCAGUGUUCUGAAACAGUUUCCCAAACCCCAUUCCUUGGAACUUUCUUCUGCCUAUAUGUUCUUAGAAUGGAUGUACUCUCUCACAAGGUCUUGAAGAGUGAUAUGUUAACAGAUUCUAUUCUUUGAUAGUUCUGGCAGUAAAGACACAUUCCAUGGAUAUUUUUAAGGGAAAAUAUUUGAUUGUAGUAUGUCUUUUAUAAAUAAGAUUAAGUUUUACUAUCUAGCAUUCUCUAAACCCAACAUGGUAAAUAGCAUUCUGAAGAAUAUGUUAUGUGUCCCAUAAGAGGGUAACUUGAUGUCUACAUAUCACUAUGGAGAUAUGCUACUCGAUCCAUCUCAUUUGACUAAGUGGAGAUAAGAGAAACAAAAGCUGACAGCUGUGGAGUUUGCAUGUACUUCCCUUCUCAGUCAUGUCCUCAUCCACUUAUAAGCACAGGGCACUCCAUAACUUGCUUGCCACAAUAUUGAGUACAAGAGGGAAUAACAAGAUAGAUAGGUCCUGCCCUCAGGGAUUUUAAAGUCUAAUUUGGGAGUGGGGAAAGACAUGUGAGUAUGAGGGAAGAGAGUAAAUUGACAGAUAAAAUAUGCAGUGGGAUGCCUUUGAGUUCUAUGUGACAAUGGUUUCUAGAAUAGGUCUGAAAAUCACUUCCAAUUUGCAACACAUUUAGAAGGGAUCUUUAUUUAGAUAUUACAGCCUAAUUAUAUCAUCAGCAUCAAAAGGUGUGCCUACGUGAAUGGAUGUUAAGAAGAACUGUGCCAGGGGAGAGCUGGCUUAUGUCUAUUAUCUUAUUUCACAGUUUCUACAUGACAGCAAUGGAAUUAUUUACUUCAGUGAUUGUAUUCAAGUAUCCAAUGGAAAAAACCUACUCUAUCCUGUUCCAUUCACCACUGUUAGGGAAUUAUAUUUACUAGUUUUUAAAAGAGAGGGUGUUGUAACAUCUUUAUUUUGGUCACUAUGUUUUAUAAUUUAUUUCAGAGUAUAUACAAACAUAACUUAUAUUUUCUUGGUUCAGAUUUCACAGUGGAGAAAUCUGCACAUUGGUACAUUUUGAGACGUUUUGCUCAUUAUUCUGUUGCUGAACUGUAAUCCCUAAGUGAAUAGUCUUAAAGAGCCGAGUCGCAGUAGUCAGGGAACAAUGGAAGCUGUUGUAUUUGCUUAACUCUCAACAUAGUUCUACAUAGAUACUGCUCACUUAUAAAAAAAAUAGAGUAAUUUUUAGAGCAUAAGGCAGAUUUACUGUACAUAUCUAUGCAGUUCAAUUUUAUAUUACAUGUUUUUGAUGGAAUCUCAUGUAACACGUGGUCCUUGUAAAUUUUGUUACGAGCAAAAAUAUCUUCUUAGGUUAGGUGCAAAGUGACACCAUUGCUUUGCUCCUUAUGGAUAUUUUGGCUCUGGGUAUAACAUAGAGCUUAGGAAUGCUAUUAUGAAUUUUUAGUACUGUAUGCAAAAAUGGUGGGGUUUAUACACAGCAUCACUUCUUGAAAUACAGAACGCAUUAUUUGUUGUCUACAUUUGAGCAUGAAUUUGUUGCCUUAUCAGUCGUUCGUUUUGAGUUUGUAAUCAGUACUGACUCUGUUGUAUGCAUCCUUCCGCGUCUAAAAUAUUUGGCAUGUCACAUCUAGAGUUCUUAAUUUAUGUUCUGCCAUGAGAGUUAAGUGAAACAUGACUGUCAUGCUCUAUUUUAAGCGCAGCACUUGCUUUUCAUCUUUAUACUUUUCAAUUAACUUUGCAUUUUAAAUUUCCAUAAUUGUAUGAAAAUAGUAACCUGAUAGCAAUGUCUGAAGAGUUUCAAAUCGGCGUUUAUUUUAAAAUGAAAAAACCAAAAAAAAACCCCCAAAACUACAAUACAUUCAUUAGAUCAGAAGUUCCACAAUCACUUAUUGUUUUGAGUGCUUCUACUAUUGCAGAAUGAUUAAAUAAAAGAAACGUCUACUGUCCUGGAAUUUUGCCACUGUGGGACUUACUGAGACAGAGCAAACUCAGGGCAAUCUUGGAGUGGAAGCAAAAGUCCCAGGGAAGAACGCAGUGCACUGCCUGAAGGCAGGGAGCAGGCAUCUGCCAUCAUACAAGGAGCAAGAGAACAACUUGAAAUUACUUGGCAGGCAAUGAUUUUUGACUGAUUCUUGAAAGUAAAUAUGAACAUUUACAUGGUUGAAUUAAUUCAUUUAAAAUGUGGAAAUUUUGAUUUCUAUCAAGCAGUUAAGGAACAGUAACAAAUGUAUCCAAGUUGGUAGCUGAAUUCUUCAGUAUUUGUUUCCUUUAUGUACCUUGAAAAAUUAAUAUUAUCAACCACUCAGAAAUGUUUAUGCUUAGUGUCCUAAAAUGAUGUCAUUGUAGUUUUUGAAGCACUUCUCUCUCUCUUUUUCACUUGUGGAAUGUGUUAUCUCCAUGGAUAACAAUACUGUGUUUUAAUUCCAGAUCCUGAUACUUAGAUUUUAUUCACUAUCUUAGUGAAGACCGUCAUCAUUUUAAGGGCUUUUAUUUAUUUAUUUUUUUGUAGGAUUCUUUAAAACUAAACCAAAAAAGAUAGAGACACAG